AUCGCCCUUCCAGCCCGACACAGUCGCAGUUCUUCCAAUUAAUCAAUCUCCAAGCACCUCAACAUGAAGGUUUUCGUCUGCUUGCUGGCGGUGUGCAGUUUGGCCCAUGCGGGAUUCCUGGGCGGCGGCGGCGGCGGAGGAGGCAGUGCCCUUAGCUCCGGCUGGUCCUCGGGCGGUGGUGGCUACGGCGGUGGUGGUGGCUACAGCGGUGGCCACGGCGGCGGUGGUGGCUACAGCGGCGGUGGUGGCUAUGGAGGCGGCCACGGAGGAAGUGGUGGCUACGGCGGCGGCAGCACGGUUAAGAUCAUCAAGGUGAUUACCGAUUCCGGAGCAGGCGGUGGCUUCGGAGGUGGCUACGGAGGUGGCUACAGCGGAGGCCAUGGCGGCGGCUAUGGAGGUGGCUAUGGAGGUGGCUCCUCAGGAGGCUAUAGCGGAGGUCAUGGCGGCGGCUGGUCCUCCGGAGGUGGCUACAGCGGCGGCGGAGGAUAUGGCGGCGGCGGCGGCGGUGGCUAUGGAAGCGGUGGCAACGUGAAGAUCAUCAAGGUCAUCUCCGACGCCGGAUCGAGCGGCGGCUAUGGCGGUGGCUAUGGAGGAGGCCAUGGCGGUGGAUCGGGGUACUCCUCCGGAGGCGCCUCCAGCUACUCCUCCGGCGGAUGGGCUCCGCAGGGCGGAUGGGCCCAGAGCAGUUGGUAAAUGCUCUUCGUUGGUCAAUGAAUACUAAUACUGUUACUGUUUGCUACUGACCCUAAUUGUAA